ACGACGUCAUCAAAUAGUGACUGAUCUGUGGGUUUGGAUUUGGAUUUGUUUACAUAACUGAAACAACCUUUUUUAUCUAAUAUCAUUGAUAAUAUACAAUAACGAGCACUAAAGCCAGGAAAAGGACUCUUUGAUAAGGAAGACAAUAAAAGUCUGUAAUUUUCCCGGCUUCGAUAUUAAUUUUAAGUCUGCAUCUAGUUGUAAUAUGAAUAUAUAUAUAAUUAUAUAAUUACAGAUAAGAUAAGAUAUGUCUUAUCUGUUGUAAUACUAUUUAAACCAGAAGAAAAAAAUUCAAUAAAUUUAAUUUCUUUAAUUUGUGAUAUCGCUAAAAAUAAUUUUAAUUUUCCAUUUUUUUGUUUUAAAUUAAAAAUUUUAUUGUUUAACUGUCAUACAUACAAUUUGAUCAGUAGUUAUUGCAAAUUUGGUGUUUGUAAUUUGUUUACUCUCUUUAUUUAAGGUAAUAUAGAAAAUCAACUACGUUUUAUUUCUGUUGUAUAAUAUAAUUGAGUUUUUGUAUUUUUCGAAAGCAAAUAACACAAUGUCACGUCCCACAAGUUGUGCAGAAAAUGACUUGUCAUUAGCUGAUAAUGAAUUACUCUUAGAAAGUGACUAUAUGUCUACAAUAUUAAAUACACUAAAUGGUUUUUGUAAAGUUAAUUUAGAAGUCCCUCAAACUAAGCUAUUUUUUUCAAGUGAUAGCCUUUUGCCAAUCAAUGCAAAGAUUAAGUUAUCAAAUAAAGAACAUACUUAUCAUAGAAGUAAUACUCCUGAUCAUAUAGCUGAUGUUUUUAAAAAUGUUGUGAAUUUGCAACAUAAUGAUAAUAUUGAAAAUAUAGAUUUGAAUCAAUUACGUACAUCUAAUCAGAAAUCAGUUGAUCAAUUUCAAAUGUAUUCUGAACCUCCAUCAAAUGAAAGUAAUAGUUGUUCAACUAAUCAAAGAGAAGAAAAAAAGAAAUGUAUGUCUCCUAAAAAUAAGAAAAGAAAAACAAAAUAUAACAAAUUAAGUAAUCUAGACCCAUCACAGGACCUAACUUCAUUAAUAUCUAUGCAAAUUAAAAGUAAUUUGAAUGAUUUAAAUUGUUCUGAUAAAAUUAACAGAAUGGAAAUCCCUGAUUGUGGGACAAAUGUUACUAACAGUCAUCUAGAUCAAAAUUUUCUUAGUAAUGAUAUUAAAAAUUUGAAGAAUACCUUAAAUAAUACACAAGGAACCAGUACAGGACAAUUAAUGACUCAAAAAACGAGUGAUGUUACUUUUAGUGAUAAAUUGAUAUCUCAAUCUGAAUGCCCUUUAUGUUUUGGGAUUUAUCCUACCUCUGAUAUUGAAGCACAUGCUUCAGAAUGCAAUAUUUGAUACUACAAAUUGUUUAAUUGACUAUUCUAAAAUUUUUUGUUUGUUGUUAUAUCUGUUAUAAUUUAGUAAUUUAACAAUCAUUAAUAUUUUAUUUAUAUAUAUUCAUUGAAUUGAUUAUUUUUGACUAAUUAUCUACAUACAAUUUUCUAUUUUUUAAUUCUAAAUUUAAGUCUGCUAUUGGUAAGUAUGACACAAAUGAAGUAUUAUAAUAUAUUAUGUCAAAAAAAAAAAAAUAAUCAUAAACAAUUAUUAGUUUGCCAUUAUAAAUGGGGCUUAUAUAAGUCUUAUUCAAAAACUUGUCCAAGUUUGCAUUAUUAGAAUUAAAAUUCUUUAUAGUGUUUUUAUUUUUAGUGGUUGAAUAAAAACGUAGAGUACAAUAUUAUUUAAGUUAUAUAAAUAAAUUCUUUAAUGCUGUUUACUUAUUGUUUUUUAAUGUAUUAAUGACUGAUAUUUAUAUCCAAUUAUACUAAAACAAAAAAUUGGUUUUAAUUAAAAAUUUUGCUAAAUUUUUUUUUUUUUUUUUUGAGGUAUGAUAAAGGCACUAUUUAUAGCCAGUAUUCCACUUAUAGCUUAAGAUAUUUUUUUUAUAUUAACUUUCAUACAUAACACUGAAAUAAUAUUUUUGUAAAUUAAGAAAAUAGUAUUUAUGAUACAGGUAGUUUUUAAAGCUUAAAUAAGAAAGUGAUCAAUGGUAAAGUUUAAGUAGUUACAGAGGGUGACUUUGCCUUUUUACAUAUUUUAUCAUUAUUAUUUGCUUUUUGUGGCAUACAUGUAUCUCAAAUCUAACCAUUAACAUUUAUAACUUUUGAUUGGACUGAUUUCUUUCAACGAUAUGGCAAAAGGUCACAAAUCAUAUUUAG